AUGUCCUCGAAGCUGGCGGCUUCAGCGGCGGGCAUGUUGCGGACAAGGAUCAGCUCUUCCUUGCGGACGAGGGGCGGCGGUGAGCUGAAGAGGUUCACGACCCCUGGAACCCAGGAGAGGCCCAACGGGUACCUCUUCAAUCGGCCUCCGCCCCCGCCCGGUGAGUCGCGGCAGUGGGAGGACUGGGAGCUUCCCUGCUACAUCACCUCCUUCCUCACCAUCGUCAUCCUCGGUGUUGGCCUCAACGCCAAGCCUGAUUUCACUCUCGAGACCUGGGCCCACGAGAAAGCCCUCGAGCGCCUUCAGAACCAGCAAGCGCAGAUCGCUGCUGCUGCGGGGGAUUCCGAAUGA